AUUGUCAGAUGUAUGGUUGGAUGAAAAUACAGUUUUUCUAUUUAUGUGGUUUUUGUCGGAUAGACUUUGACUAGCCCCACUGUACUCUUUUAUCUUCGAUGAGCAUGCGAACUCAUCCCCGCUUUUGUCUCCUGUUUUUAAUGCAAAUCACAAAUUUUCCAAAAUCUGUUAUUUUUAUAUCAAACAAUUCGCCUAUUUAAAACCCUCGAAAGAGUAUCUCACUCUCAACACACCCACAAAGAUUUUUUUUAUAAAAAAUGGCGAGAUUUCCUGUUUUGUUAUGUUUUGUUCUUCUGGUCACAUUUGCUGUUGUGAUCAGCGUCUCAUAUGCCGACCAUGAAGUCGUGAAGUCUAAGGAUUUGGAAAUCCAAAGCGAGGAUGGCGGUGAUAAGCCGACCAAAGUGAAAGGAAGUGACAUUGAAUUAGGGAGGAAGAACAAUCAGGAUGUUGAUUCUAAUGAUGACGAUGACGAUGACGACGACGAUGACAAGGAACAUAAGAAUAAGAAGAAGGGUGGUCAUGAUGAUGACGAUGACGACAAGGAUGGCAAGGACAAAAACAAGGGUGGUCGUCAUCAUGGUGAUGAGGUAAAUGCGGAUGAACAUGAGAGUAAGGAUGCGGGGACAUAUGAGCUGAAGAAGGGCAACAUGACAGUCAAAUUUACAAAUUGGGGUGCCUCAAUCAUGUCACUCAUCCUCCCUGACAAGCAUGGGAAGAUGGGAGAUAUUGUUCUUGGUUAUGAUAGCGUCAAGGACUACAUGAAUGACACGGUGUACUUUGGAGCCACCGUAGGUCGUGUUGCAAAUAGAAUAGGAAAGGCUCGAUUCAAAUUGAACGGCAAAACCUACAAGACCGUUGCAAAUGAGGGCAAGAACACACUCCACGGUGGAAAGAGAGGAUUUGGUGAUGUUGUGUGGUCGGUUACGAAGCGCAGGUUCGAUGGCAAUACACCUUUCAUUGUCUUCACCUACACGAGCCCUGACGGUGACCAAGGGUUUCCAGGGGAACUAAGAGUGAAAGUGACGUACAAACUGGUGGGAACAAACGAGCUGAGAGUGGAAAUGGAGGCAAAACCAAAAGACAAAGCAACGCCGGUGAACUUGGCUCAUCACACUUACUGGAACUUGGGAGGUCAUGACAGCGGCGACAUCCUGUCCGAACAAAUCCGAAUCCUGGGUUCCAGAUACACCCCCGUCGACGGCCAACUCAUCCCCACCGGAAAAACCCUACCCGUCCAAGGAACCCCCUUCGACUUCCUCCAUCUCCACCCUAUCAAAGACAAGAUCAAGAAGCUUAACAAAGGAUAUGAUAUAAACAUCUGUCUAGAAGGUAAGGCGAAAAGGAUCAGAAAGGUGGUGGAGCUCGUGGACAAGAGAUCGGGAAGGAAAAUGGAAUUGUCGGCGAACCAACCGGGCCUACAGUUCUACACGGGAGGACAACUGAAGAACGUCAAGGGGAAGAAUGGGGCCGUUUACAAAGCUUAUGCUGGAUUGUGUCUGGAGACUCAGGGCUACCCUGAUUCAGUUAACUACAAGAACUUCCCUUCGCAGAUCGUCCAACCGGGCAAAACUUAUAAGCAUGUCAUGCACUUCAAGUUUUCUAUUGUCUCUUAGUCUAUAAUUCUUUUUCUUCUCCUUCCGACAACCUUAAUUCAAUGCAAUAUUGUAAGUUAUAUGCUGUUUCGAACACAUGUAAAAACUCGUCGAGGAUCGUCGAUUGAUGUCCAAUAAACAAGUCCAUGCAUGGGUUCUAAUGCACAA